CCGAAUCACCAGAACGUCAACGAUGGAAUGGAAGCCUCCUGCAUUGUAAAUUAAUACAAGGAAAAGCUGUUGAAAGAGUGUUUGAAACGCAAGAAUCACGUUCAAAGACAUGUCCCCAAAGAUCACGGUGGAGCUGCUGAGGCAGCUCCGUCAGGCCAUGAGGAACAGCAAGUACCUGACAGAGCCCAUCCAGGCCUACAUCGUCCCCUCAGGGGACGCACACCAGAGUGAAUACAUCGCUCCAUGUGACUGCCGACGGGAAUUUGUUUGCGGGUUCAAUGGCUCAGCAGGUACAGCUAUCGUGACAGAGCAGCAUGCUGCCAUGUGGACGGAUGGACGCUACUUCCUGCAGGCCACUCAGCAGAUGGACAACAACUGGACCCUCAUGAAGAUGGGUCUGAAGGAGACCCCCAGCCAGGAGGACUGGCUCAUCAGUGUUCUCCCUGAGAACUCCAAAGUAGGCGUGGACCCCUGGAUCAUCGCUGCAGACCAGUGGAAGAACAUGAACAAGGCUUUGACCGGCGCUGGCCACCGGCUGGUGGCUCUGCAGGAGAACCUGAUAGAUGCUGUCUGGGAAGAGCGACCGGCCAGACCCAGCACCCAGCUCAUCACCCUGGGCCUGGGAUACACAGGUAUGAGCUGGCAGGACAAGAUCACCGCCCUGAGAUCCAAGAUGGCCGAGAGGAAGAUCAGCUGGUUCGUUGCCACGGCGCUGGAUGAGAUCGCAUGGCUUUUCAACCUCCGGGGCUCAGACAUAGAGUACAACCCCGUGUUCUUUGCGUAUGCCAUCGUGGGGAUGGCCACCAUACGGCUGUUUGUAGACCAGAAGCGCCUGGAGGCCCCUGCGGUUCGCCGGCACCUGGAGCUGGACACGCCCAGCAGGGCGGAGCUUAGCGUGCAGCCCCUCCCCUACGAGGCGGUGUUUACUGAGCUGCGGGCGGUGUGCGCCGCGCUGGGGCCCAAGGACAAGGUGUGGAUCUGCGACAAGGCCAGCUGCGCCCUCACGCAGGUCAUCCCCAAGGCCCACCGCUCCCCCAUCCCCUACACCCCCCUCUGUCUCGCCAAAGCCGUCAAGAACACCACCGAGAUCCAGGGCAUGAAGAUGGCCCAUAUCAAGGAUGCUGUGGCUCUGUGUGAGCUGUUUGGCUGGCUGGAGAAAGAGAUUCCAAAGGGCACAGUGACGGAGAUCUCUGCUGCAGAUAAGGCAGAGGAAUUACGCAGCCAACAGAAGGACUUUGUGGGCCUGAGUUUCCCCUCCAUCUCCAGUGUAGGCCCCAACGGAGCCAUUAUCCACUACAGACCCCUGCCUGAGACCAACAGAACGCUGUCCCUCAACGAGGUCUACCUGCUAGACUCUGGAGCCCAGUACACUGACGGCACCACUGACGUCACCCGUACCGUGCACUUUGGAACGCCCUCUGCCUACGAGAAGGAAUGCUUCACCUAUGUUCUGAAGGGACACAUAGCCGUCAGUGCCGCAGUUUUCCCCAACGGAACCAAAGGCCACUUAUUGGAUUCGUUCGCCCGGGCGGCGCUGUGGGAGUCUGGGCUGGACUACCUGCACGGCACGGGGCACGGUGUGGGCUGCUUCCUCAACGUGCACGAGGGGCCCUGCGGCAUCAGCUACAAGACCUUCGCCGACGAGCCGCUGGAGGCCGGCAUGAUCGUCAGCGACGAACCUGGGUACUAUGAAGACGGCUCCUUCGGAAUCAGAAUUGAGAACGUGGUUCUUGUGGUCCCUGCCAAGCCCAAGUACAACUACAGGAACAGAGGCAGUUUGACCUUCGAGGCCCUCACCCUGGUCCCCAUCCAGGUCAAGAUGAUGAACACAGAGCUGCUGACGCAGAAAGAGCGUAAUUGGGUGAAUGAGUACCACAGGCAAUGCCGUGAGACGGUUGGAGCAGAACUGGAGAGGCAGGGCAGGAAAGAGGCCUUGGAGUGGCUGAUCAGGGAAACCCAGCCAAUCGCCUGAAGAGUAUUUUGACUGACUCUUAUUUAAUCCAAUCAUUCGCCUGAGGGUAUCCAUGGACGGCUCUGCAGUGAUUAUUUCUCUUUCUUUCUUUCUCUCUCUCUCUCUCUCUCUCUCUCUCUCUCUCUCUCUCUCUCUCUCUCAGUGUCUCACUCUUGGCUUCUUUUGUAAAGCACACCAUUUCAAAUGUUUUAUGACGAUUCAAUAAAAAUCCAUUGUAAAAAAAA